UCCCCUUCCCCGUGCAAUAAAUCCCACACGCCGACGCCUUAAUCCUCGCCUACCCCUCGCCGCUUCGACCCCCAAGCUCCAUUCCCCCAAUCGCCCCUAAAGCCCUAGCCCCACGCCAUGGCCACCUCCCCCACCGGCUCCUCCUCCUCCGCCCCCAACGCCUCCUCUGCGGCGGCUGCCGAGGCCACCGACGGGCCGGUGCUCAGCGUGGUCUCGAAGCGCCUCCGCGCGCUGCGGAAGAAGUACAACCGCAUCCUGCAGAUGGAGGAGUCGCUCGCCGCCGGCAAGACGCUCAACCGCGAGCAGGAGGAGGUGCUCCGCUCCAAGGCCGUCGUCACCGCGUCGAUCGACGAGCUCGAGCGCCUCCGUGCCCCUCUCGCCGCCGCCCUCGCUGAGGAGCUGUCUUCCCGUCCCGCCCCCGCGCCCGCCGCCGCCGCCGCCGCUUCCUCCUCAUCCUCCGACGGCUCGGAUUCAUCCAUCCAGGACCUCCUCUCGCUUGUCUACUUCGGCUCCCUCUUUAACGUGAAGCCGCAGAGCGAGUUCGUCGCCACCAUGGUCGCGCGCACGCACGAGCGGAGCUGCUGCAUCACUUAUGACUACGUCACGGAUGACGCGGCGGACCUGCUCGUGGAGACCGACCUCGACGCGGUCUCUGCUCUCGCGGCCCUUGCCGCCUCGCGUCCUGCUGCCGCGGUGGGCGUCUCCCACCGCGACGCUCUCCAGGCGUGUGCCCAUCACGCCCGUCUUUGGCUCCGCCGCGCUGAUGAGCCCAUCUACCCUGACUCUGGCAUCACAUAUGCUCGGGUGAGGGCUAAGCUCGACAGGAUCAUGGCGUCGGACUACUAUACAGCACAGCCGGAGAUGAGGGCAACGGUGGAUGUGGCUGCUGCAGUGGGGAGCUACGGAGCUGGAGGUGUCCAGGCGCAGGAGAGCAUGGUUGUGUCGCCUGAGGCACCAGCCGUCGAGGAGAGCAUGGUUGUUGAAGAACACAAGGAUGAGAAGGAAGAAUCCCAGGCUACAGAAAUCUACACUGACCAUCCGUCUCCUCUAGUUGAUGCUCAACAUGAUGAUACAGCUUUGGUGAACCCAAUGGAUGAAGUUCCUUCAGCUGAGGCAGAGCAGGAAAGAUUUGAUGCCUAUGUGGAGGAUUCAGAGCAAAAAGACGAACAGUUCAUCCCUCGGCGUUCGUAUCAGAACCAGCGCGGUGGUGGUCGUGGUAGUGGCAGGAGGGGCUAUCCUAAUGGCCGUGGAGGACGUGGAGGCCGAGGUGGUGGGUACCAGAACGGCCGUGGCGGUGGGUACCAGAAUGGCCGUGGCGGCGGCAGUGGAUACUACUAUGAUACUGGAUACUACCAGCAGAGGAACUACAACAACAGAGGCCGGGGUGGCCGCUCUGGUGGCAAUUCUUACUACAAUCAUGGUGUAGGCCCUCAGGGAAGAGGGAGGGUCGAGCUGGGUGCAAACGCCUAGCUUCCUAACUAUUUUGCUUGGAGUGAGGGAGGGGAGCCAUUUUGUUAUCAUAGAACUAACUUAGCCUGUUAUUACGUCACCGUUCGCCCCAUCUGUGAGUUAUUUUGCUACUCCAAUGACUGCAUAUGGUUGAUCGGUAAUGUGGAAUACUCUUAGAAAGUAGUUUCAGGUGAUCUUCGUUCUCCUAAA